AUUGCAUAGUUGCAUAGUAUAUAUCAUUUCUAUAUGUAAUGGUUUAAUAGUAAUUAAUAUAAAAGAAUUAAUGUUUAAUUAACAUAACGUAGCACAAGAAUUAAUAUCGUGUUGAUAAUGGUUUAAAAAUUAAAUAAUAUUUAAUGUUUAACAUGUCGUUCUUAUCUGAAAGAGAAUAUCCGGCUAUAAUAUAGAGAAGUUUCAAUCUGUUUUGUAUGACGUGGCUCGCAAAAUAGUACAGCUUUAAAAACUCCGUGCCUAGCAAUGGGGAUGUAUUUUCAAUAAAUAAUAUUAUGCUCACAACGAAAUGUGUUUUUGAAAGCGUAUGAAGAAAGUGUUGUGAUCUAUCUAAUUUUAAAAACUUUCUAUGAUUGAUAAUACUCUGGGUCUUUUCAUAUGUACAACUAUGAAUCGGGUCUCGGUACGCGCAUCAGCAACACCGAGCUUUCCAAAUCCGGGAGAGUAGCGCCGCUCGCGGGAAUAGCCUACCAGCAGAGCGGUACUCGCUCUGCCCGUUUCGUGCGCCAACGAAAUAUCUUCGACUAGACUGAAAUCUUCUUCGGGCACCCAAUAUAAAAAAUCUCCACUGGCAUGGAGCUAGGAGCACAUUGAUAGUGAUAGUUUACAAGAUCUUGGUUUCUAUGCAUUGCCUGCCAAAGAAGAACUGAGCCCAAUGUUUCCACACAAUUCUAGUUCACAUGAGAUUUCUACAGAAACAAAUGCCUUCGUACAAAAUUCCAUGGGGGAUGUAGUAGUAUUAGGGGAAAGCAGUCCGAUAAGGGUUGGGAAGGGAAGAGAAUCAGAGAAUGAUAGGUACUGUGAUAUCGAGUUCAUAAAAAACAUGAUGGCCAAACCUAAUAGCCAUCUCAAAAAUACCGCCGCCAAUGACUUUUUAACCGUCCUGUCGAACCAAACUGGCAAGUUUAUCUUAACCAGUCGAAGCUCGACCUGCCAGUCAGUGGCGUCGUCAACCACAAAACACCCAACAAAAAAUCAUCUUCUAACUUACGAUAAUAAUAAUACUAAUAUUAAUGAUAAUAUUAAUAAUAAUAAUAUUAAUAAUAAUAAUAAUAAUAAUAAUAAUAGUAAUAAUAAUAAUCCUAAAAUAAAUCAUCGCUCAUAUCGAGCGGAACAUAAUCAUCAAGAUGAUCGAAAAAUGAUAACAGUUAAUACACAAACAAGAAAAAGAAAACAACCGGGCUCGUCCGGUAAUCACAAACCGGGUAGCUCCGCCAAUAACUCUAAGUCUAUGUCUAAGACAUUAAGUGAUAAUAAGACUAGCUUUAGCAUACUAAACAUUAGGGUACUAAGUAUAAGCGUAAAUCUACGAUUAACAGGAGAUAAGUGUGCUAUUGACGAAGGGGUACCUAGCCUAGUUAGGAUACCCAAGUCUGAUCGCCCCUCGUCAUGCCACUUUUCUCUCGACUCUCUUGACAAUUACUCCUUACUAGGAUCCUGCCUUCAUUCGGGCAAAUACAAUAAUAUUAAGUCUAAUUCUAGCCUCUUAAGUAAUAAUAACGAUAACUACAAGUCUGUGAUAUUGCUCAGCUCAACCAGUAACCAUUAUUUCCUCCGUGUUGAAAUGGACGGUGGUGCGAUUGCAACUAGUUUAUUAAAACAAAUGAAGCUAAAGUAUCAAGCUUUUACUGGUGUAAUCAAUGAAAGAAUUUCUUCAGAAAAUCUCUGUGAUUUCUAUCAAUUUAAAGAGACAUUAUACAAAGCUAUCGGAUUUAAUGCUGAGGAUGUUUUCACAGAAAGUCUGAUAAAUCCUAAGCAAUUCAUUCUAACCAGUUCGACCUUUCAAACUGCCCAGUUCAUUGACAGUGAGAGUUUUAAUGCAAUGAAGACAACGGAUGCCAUUAUAGUAAAUUUAUCUAAUAGCAAUCAGUUUAAAAAAUCUAAAAUUGCUAUUUAUUUGAAAAAUGAACAAAACUCUGAUCGAAACAUUGUUUCUGUUCCAUCGGAAAAAAUUUUCAAUAGAAACUAUUCAAUUUGUAAUCUUCUUCCGGAGGAAAAGAAUAUUAAUUAUGCAAAUGAUAUGACUCGAAAUCAUUUGAUUGAUUGUGCAAGAAAUCUCAUAGCAGCAUCCAUUGGAGUUUCCAAAGACAUCUUACAAGUUCUCAAAACUGAUCUUAAGCAUAUAUUAACUCUUCUUUUUGGACCACUUUGCGAUCUCGAUGAUUUUAAUUUGGCAUAUAAAAAAAGAUGGGGAAUCUCUGGUAAUCUUAGAUUGAUUGGCGGAGGUGAAAGUUCAUUAAAUACUGGUGGAUCUGCAAAUUGGGGUUCUACACAAACUAGUACUACAAAUAAUAAUAAUAAUAAUCAAUCAGGUUGGGGAGGAAAUUCUGGAAAUCCUUCUGGAAAUAGUGGAGCACCUGGUAAUUGGACUGGAAGCAGUGUAAACAGAUCAGUUGCUGGGAAUCCAAAUUCAAAUCAAAAUCAAGGACCUCCAGGUGGGCAAAAUGUUCCAGGUAAUGUGAAUAAAGUAAGCAAUCCAAAUCAGCAGUCAAAUCAACAAUCAGGUCCUCCAACUUCUCAAUCGAGUGGAACAAAUCAAGGUGGUCAAAAUAGUAAUCAAUGGUCACAAGGAAAGUCUAACAAUCCUGGAGGACCAAGUCAAAAUUCUUCUGUUCAAAAUAAUAAUGCUUCAGCCCAACAGCAACAACAACAACAACAACAGUCAAAUUCCAGUAAUAAUAAUAAUCAGUCAAAUAAUCAGGCUCAGGGAUCUGUUAAUAGUAGUAAUACACCUGCAAAUAAUAAUCCUUCAACAAAACAACAAUUAGAACAGUUAAAUACAGUGAGAGAAGCUCUUUUUAGUCAAGAUGGUUGGGGUUGUCAGAAUGUGAAUCAGGAUACAAACUGGGAUGUCCCAACUUCUCCAGAACCUAGUAUGUCAAAAGAUGCAGUUCCAAUGUGGAAAACACCAGUAAAUAAUGGUACAGAUUUAUGGGAAGCUAAUCUUAGAAAUGGUGGUCAACCUCCACCUCAACAGCAAGCUAAAACACCAUGGGGUCAUACACCAGCAACAAACAUUGGUGGAACUUGGGGUGAAGAUGACGAAGCAGCUGAUUCAUCAAAUAUGUGGACUGGUGCUCCAACAUCUUCUCAACCAAACUCUGCAGCUGGACAAUGGACAACUGGUACUAGUAAUCAAAGUGGCAUGUGGGGAGGAUCUAAUUGGGGUGAUCCAAGAAUUGAUCAUCGAGAUCCUCGCGAACUUCGUUCUGUUGAUCCUAGGGAGAUGCGAGAUCCUCGUGACCAUAGAAUGUCUUUGGAUCCUCGAGAACACAUACGUGUAAUGGAUCCAAUGGCUCGAGAUCCUAGAAUGACGGAUAUACGUGGGGAUCCUCGCGGAAUUUCUGGGAGAUUAAAUGGUGCUAAUGCGGAUGCUAUGUGGGGUCAACCACCAGGUCCUCCACAUCAUCAAAUGGGACAUCAACAUCCUUCAGGGCCUCCAACAAAGAUGUUGAAUCCUUCCAAUAUAAAUCAAUGGGCUGCGCCACCGCCAAAAGAUAUUAUGCCAGGUAAACCAACGGGUUGGGAAGAACCUUCUCCACCAACACAAAGAAGAAACGUUCCAAAUUAUGACGAUGGCACAAGUUUAUGGGGAAAUCCUGCAGCCAAUCAAAGAACUAUACCUGGCAGUAAAGUUUCUCAUUGGAAAGAUAUUCCAACACCAAAUUUAGGACGAGGAGGAAUGCAAUGUCCUCCAGGUAUGCCACAAAACAGAAUGCCAGGUCAACCUGGAAUGAAACCAGAUGUUAGUGGACCAAUGUGGGGACAUCCUGGUGCUCCUGGUGGACGAAAUGGUAGUUGGGCUGAAGGACCACAUGAUGCAGGUUCAUGGGAUGAUCCAAAAACACCAAGUACCUGGAAUGAAGCUCAAUUAAAUCCUGGCACUUGGGGUGGACCUAGUGCGCACAAACCUAAACCAAUGGGACCCACUGGAAGCUGGGGUGAUAGUGAUAUGGAUCCUACUCCUAGUUGGGGUCAUCCUGCAAAACCCACUCUUACGAAAGAAGUUAUAUGGAAUAGCAGAGAAUUUCGAUAUCUUUGUGACUUGGGAUUUAAAAAAGAGGAUGUUGAAUUAGCAUUAAGAAAUCGAGAAAUGAAUAGAGAAGAAGCUUUGGAACUUUUAAGUCAAGUGCGGCCUUUAGACCAAUGGAGAAGACAUGACGCACACUCCACUUAUGAUCCAACAAAUCAAGCUACAACUGCGCCAGCAUAUCCUAGAUUUAAUCAUGUCGCACAGCAAAUGUCUUUUCCUCCGGGUGCUGGAGUGCCAAGUGGAAACACAACUGGUAGUGUGGGAGGAUCAGUUGCUAGUGCAAGUUUAUUGAAAUUGCAACAACAGCAACAACAAACUGCUGUUCCAUUACAACAACAACAACCUAGUAGUAAUGCACCUCAACCACCUUUUAAUCAGGCUUCCAGAGCUCCACAAAAUCAACCAAGUACUCAACAAUUGCGUAUGUUAGUACAACAGAUUCAGUUAGCCGUCCAGGAAGGUUACUUAAACCAUCAAAUUUUAAACCAACCACUUGCACCUCAAACUCUAAUACUUUUGAAUCAACUAUUGCAACAAAUCAAAGUUCUUCAACAGCUUCAUCAACAACAUUCUGUACAAAGUACAAUGAAGGGUAAUGGGCAAUCUGUUCUUCAGAUCAGUGUACAAAUUACAAAAACAAAACAACAAAUAGCAAAUCUUCAAAAUCAAAUUGCUGUGCAACAAGCAACUUAUAUGAAGCAACAGCAGCAGCAGCAACAGCAACAGCAACAACAACAGCAACAUCCUGUGCCCCCAUCUCAAAGCUCAGAAUAUUAUAAAAGUUCGGUACAUGAUCCUAUGUCAGCAUUGCAAAAUAGUUUUACGGACUUGACGAUGAAUAAGGAACCUCCUGUUAGUCAGCAACAAUCAAGAUUGAACCAGUGGAAGUUACCUUCUUUAGACAAGGAUGGAGAGUUAGUUUCGAACGAGUUCUCAAGAGCACCAGGAACAACCAGUAAGCCAGCAGCUACACCGGCUGGUUUAACACGAUCACACAGUAGUCCUAACAUGAAUCCUUUGUUGGGUCAAGGAGAUGGUACAUGGUCCACCAGACUUGGAGAGAGUGGAUGGCCAGAUCCAGGUAAUACGGAUUCUACUGAUGGAAAGGAUUGGCAGUCAACUGGUGCAACUACUGGUGCUGCUGCUUUUACCGAUCUUGUUCCAGAAUUUGAGCCUGGCAAGCCAUGGAAGGGUACCCAGAUGAAGAGUAUCGAGGAUGAUCCAAGCAUUACUCCGGGUUCUAUCGUUCGUUCACCACUUUCUUUAGCAACGAUUAAAGAUCCUGAUGCUAUUUUCUCUUCAAGUAAUAAGACUUCACCACCGCCACAACAACCUACCAAUCCUGAUACAUCAAUACCGAGUUUGAGUAAUUCUACAUGGACGUUUAAUCCACCUGCUACUACUCCAAACGCAUUUACUAGCUCGAAAAAUACUUGGGGUGAAUCUGCACCACUGCCAACUGCAGUUACUUCAGAGCUCUGGGGAGCACCAAUGAGUAAGGUUCGUGGCCCCCCACCAGGCUUAAGUAGUAAAGCCACGGGAAAUGCGAGCAAUGGCUGGGCAGGUUUUGGUACCGUCAGCAGAUCCAGUUCAUGGGGUUUUCAAUCAAGCACAAAUGCUGCCUGGGUUUCUACCUGGUUACUACUUAAGAAUCUGACGCCUCAAAUCGAUGGUUCUACUUUGAAAACUCUCUGCAUGCAACACGGUCCUGUUCAAGAUUUUCGAUUAUACCUUAAUCAUGGAAUUGCUUUAACCAAAUAUUCAUCAAGAGAUGAGGCUAUUAAGGCACAAGGUGCUUUAAACAAUUGCGUCCUGGGCAAUACAACAAUUUUCGCAGAAUCUCCUGCGGAUACCGAAGUACACAGCUUAUUACAACAGCUUAGUCAUGGAGGUCAACAACAAGCUGGAGCAACUACGGGGGCAGGCUGGGGUUUGCGACCAUCAAAUAAAACUGGUCCACCACCAGAUACUUGGGGAGGUAGUUCCAGCCAAUUAUGGGGUGCUCCACCGAGCAGUAAUUCCCUUUGGAGCAACGCUGGUAUAGAUAGCAACGAUCAACAACGUGCUACGCCCAGUUCUCUGAACUCGUACUUACCCGGAGACCUUCUGGGAGGUGAGUCGAUGUAGAGUGCCGCACGGAGGAGCGGUAUCACUCGUGCGACGAUCGAGCCUUCUACUUCACGAUACGUCAAUUAUAUUCUGCAUUGUCAGAUGGAUCGGUUCUCGCGAUGAAGCUACUUAAAUCAGUGCCGUAUCAUUUCGGCAGCAAUAAGGAUCUGAUUCGUUUUUUUCCAUUUGGGAUUCGAGGAUAAUGGAGGCAAGGGAGGAUAUAUCAUGAAUUUCAAGGCUUUUGGUGUGCGUCAUGCUUUUUUAGUAGUCCAGAGCUGAGUACAUUUAACAAUAACAGAAUGUUAUUACGCGUACUAUAUCUACGUACUACGUAGUUUGAAAUUAAAAUUAAUAUUGACGUUAUGAUAUUAUUUCUGUUUUAGUUUUGAUAAUUUGAUAUUUUAAUAUUUUACAUUAAUAUUAAUCUCAUUCGCGAAAAAGCGUAUAUGUGCAAAGUGCACAACAUGUUUGACCGGCACGUUUUAUCGUGUUCAAUUAUUCAAUUAAUAUUCUAUCCAUUCAACUUGUGUUCUCAUAAACGUGUUUUAAUCUUUAAUAUUUCCUAUAUUAAGAUCAUUAUAUUAUCAGUACAUAUAUUGAAAGUAUUUCUGUUAAACUUUAUUAUGCUACAUACUUCGAUGUUUUAAUAUUUUUAAUAUUGUGCACAAGUCAAUCUUAUUGUAAUUAAAUUUUUAUGUGACAUUAAUUCAUUAUUUAUGUAACAAUAUAUAUUAUUCAUUCUUUUAAUCUUUAUGAUCAUAAUACAUAUGUUCUCUUAUUUGAUAAUUAUGAUAAUUAAUUUAUUCGAAUUUCGUUUUUUUAAAUAUAUUAUAAGAUAUGAAUACAUGUUACAAAUCAUUUUAAUAAAAAUGAAAUUGUAAAAUGUAAAUGUGCGCACAAAUAUAAUUUAUAUUAAAACAUCGUUAUGUGAAUAAAGAUAGUAUAAAUUUUUCAGCUCCUUUUAUAAUUCAGGAGUAUAAAUGUAGAAAAAUUAAAAGAGUACGCGCAUGCACAGCCGCCAUUAGCUUUGAAAAAGUGAUACAUUGGAUGAUUUUCUAGAUAAUGGCGUUGCCAAUACUUUCUUAAGAAUGCGCGUGUAAGAAAGUAAAUUAUUACCAUCAAUGGUCUCACGAGUGUUCCACUUUUUUGCUCUGAACAGUUUCCUUUAAUCGAGACUGCGAUGCGUAUCAAACGUAGACUGUACCAAUCUAAUCAAAACAAAAAAAAAGCAGAAAGAAUUAAUAAGAUAUAAACGAAAGGAAAAUAAUAAUAAUAAUAAUAAUAAUAAUAAUAAUAAUAAUAAUAAUAAUAAUAAUGAUAAUAAUGAUAAUAAAAAUAUUAAAAAAAAACAAAAAAAAGAAGGAGGAACGUUACCUCUUAAAGAAACUAAACGAGUAUCCGCGUCGAUGCUUUGGGCUAUAUAUAUAUAUAUAUAUAUAUAUAUAUAUAUAUAUAUAUAUAUUUCUUCCAUUAGCAACGGUGAUAUAGAAUCGAAUUUUUAGUGAAUGUUUCUUUAGAUACAGCAAUGAACAUAAAAUAGAACAUUUAAUCAUUGUUGUUACGAAAUUUAUGAUAGUAAUACGAAUAGUGCUUUUAUUUUAUAUUAUUAUUUCAAUUAAUAGAUCGAGAUUAAAUGAACAAUGUUCUAUAAAUUGAUAUUAAUAAUAAAAAAUUUGAAUCGAUGAAUUAAUAAUUCAAAUAAUAUCACGAUAUCACAAAUGAAUAAUCGUUGAAGCUUAUCGGUAGAUUUUUUAAUCUGCUGAGAAAUGUUCAAAAAUUGUUGUUUUAACUAAAAAUCGAUUCUCUAUCGUAAAAGGCCCAUAAACUUUUAAUGGGAUGAUAAAUCGGGGUUCGAGUUCUUGCGACGACAAAAAAACGAUACCAAAUGUUAUCGCAAUAACGUAAAUUUUAUUCUAUAUUAAAUCUAAAUGCCACCCGUCGUGCCAAUGUCCAGCGUGUCUCUUUACCAUUUAUUAAUUAUAGAAUUAUAACGAAUAUAGUAAUUCGAUGUCUUUUCUCUAGCUAUCUUUGUCUGUGUCUGCCUAUCUGUGUGUGUCUUUGUCUCUCUCUCUCUCUCUCUCUCUCUCUCUCUCUCUCUCUCUCUCUCUCUCUUUCCUCUCUAUAAAAUGAUGAAUGAUAUCGAGGAGAAAAAUAUACCACUUCCCAUUGGUUAAUAUUAAGAAUUGUUAAAGCAUUUAAAGAUUAAAAUCCUAAGUAAAAAUUUUUUCUUCAAAAACGAUUUCGAAUUUUCGAGUGAAAGCACUUUCCAGUUAUACAGUGACGCAAAAUUUACAUUUUAAGAAUGUUGAUUUUCUUUUCUAUAAUAAUUAAUAAUUUGACAAUGAUUAAUAUUUUUUAAUAAUAAUUUUAAAAUGAUCAGUACUUUGUAAACAGGUAGCAAAUACACACACACACAUACACACAAUUCUGAUAUCUGUUUUAAUAAUAUAAAUUUUUCUUUUUAACUAUUAAGUGAAAUUUGAUAAAAUGACGGAAAGAAAUGAGAAAAUUAUGAUAAUAUUAAUCAAUUAUUAUUAAUUAAUAUAUAUAAAUAUAAUAUACAAAAUAACGUACAAUAUUGUACAGUAAAAACUCAUUAUUUGCAUUAUGAAAAAUUCAUUAUCGUAUAAGUUUAUUUAUUAUUUUUAUUUUAAAUAGUUUUUUACCUCUUUCAUUAAAUAAUAAAAUAAAAUUAUAAUAAUUUUUUAACUUAUAUGAAUUAACGAAAUUAUUUUGAUGAAAGCAUUAAUAUCUUUUUGAUAAAAAUGAAUUGAAAUUUCAAUCAAGUUAUAAUACUCUCUAUCAUGAUAAUAUUUAUAAAGAAAUUAGAAAAAAUUAAAACCAUAAUAUAAAAAUUGCUUAAUAUUCUUUGUGUAAAAAAAAUUUUAUUUAGAUUCAAGAUUAUUUUAUAUUUUAUAUCUAUGCGAAACUAUAAUAUUAAGCUAAUAGAAAAAAUAUGAAUCAAAUCGAAAUAAUCAUAAAAAUGUGAAAAGAGCGAACAUAUCAAGAGAUCACAUCUAAAUGAGAUUACAAAGUUUAAAAACAGAAUGGACAUAGAAACUUGAUAUUAAUUAUUUUAAACGAAAGAAUGUUUUGAAUGGUAUUAAAGCAUGUCAUAUUUUCGAUUUAUGCAUAGUAUAUAUAUAUAUAUAUAUAUUUAUAUGUGUGUGUGUGUUACCUUUUUAAAAACAUCUUAGUUCUUAGAUUUCAUUUCUAAAUUUGUUGUGUCUUUCUUGACAUUGGCUUAAAAUAAUAAAAUUAAAUAAUAUUUAAAUAUUGCAAAAUAACAUUUUUCAAACAAUUAUUGAAUUAUUUUUAUAAUAUUUUUAAUAUUAUAAUCUUUUAUCAUGAUGCAGAAAGUAUAACAAUUUCAAUUUUUAUUUAUUCGAUACAUCAACAACGUAUAUAUCGAUGCUGUAUAUAUAAAAAAACACUUUUGUCAUAUGUUAAAUUUUAUUUUUAUCAAUUCUCUAUCGAGGAUGUUUGUGGUAUUAAUAUCGAUUGAAAUGCAAUUUGCAUAAUUAUAACUUUUGAUCUCUUUCUUUAUUCUCGGUAAUUAUGGCAUAAUGAUAAAAUUAAAUUUAGUAUUUAUGAUAUAUAAUAUAUAUCGAACACUGCGCAAUUAAUGAGUUUUACUGUGCAUAAAUAUAUAAAUAAUUAAGAAUGCACGAGAAGAUAUUGAUUAUGAUUGUUUAAAUAAACAUACUAUAUUAAUUUUUUCUUUUUUUUUUUUAUUUACUUUUGAGAAAUGAUAGUAUAAUAAUUUUCAAUAUAUACGUAUACAAAACUUGCAUUUAAUUUUAAAAAUAAUUUUGCAUUAAAUUUAAAAAAUAAUUUUAGAUAUUAUAUUUUGCUUAUAAGUAUUUCCCGGUUUUUUUGCAAAAUGAUUAAUACAUUUUACCACGUCACUGUGCAUCUCACGCUUAAAAAAUUAAUCACGAAAAUUCGAUUGGAUAAAUAUAUUUGAAUUUCUAAUUGGAUGAACCAUUGGGAGGAGGUUAGAUAAAAUAAAAGGGAUAAAAUAUGAGUUUCAAUCCCUCUGCCCCUCCGUUGCGUGUGCGCAUGCGCGUGUCAUGGAAAAUUUGUACGUGCAUGCCUGUAUGUACAAGCGAAUGUAAUUUCGCGCAUGCGCGCGAACGAGCGAACGGGCGCGCGCGUGUGUGUAUGUGUAUGUUUUCAACGUCAAAGGUACCUGAAUGGACUGAUAUAACCAUACUGAUGAAAAAAAGAAUGUUUACUAUUCAUUGCACAAUAUUUUUUUCCAAUGUUCUGAAAUAUCAAAACGCCCUCAGACCUUCGAUGUCUUAUUCAGACAUUCAGAGAGACAGAUUCUUUUUCUAGAAUAUCUGGCUUUUAAGCGAAUAUAACCAGAUCUUGCCGUAAUUUACAUAUAAUAUGUAUUAAAGUUAAACGUCAAUCUCUCUCAAGUGCCGAUGCAUUUCAAAUAUUAACUAUUGAGAUUUUUCUUGAUCUUCUGGGAUUUGAUUUUUCAUGACUUUUUAGCAUUUGUGUGUGGUACAGGUAUUUAAAUCAUUUUUUGUGUUCUAUGUUUAUUGCUACUAUAUACGUAUACAUAACAAAUAUUUCAAAGUAAAUGAGUUCAAGUCCAUAAAACUAAAAUUAAUCAAACUAUUGUAAACUAAAUUUUCUUAAAUCAGAAAUGUUAGAUUUUCAUAUUACUAGGAAAAACAAAUGAAGGGAUCAAAAGGGCCCUGUAAAUUUACUUUUGGAACUUAUCUUAAAUAUAACAAAGGAUUAAUUCUUUAAAAAUCAAAAAUUUUUCGAAUAAAUAUGUUAGAAAAUUGUACGAUUAUUCAAAAAUUAUAAGACUUGAUAAAUUUAUUUGCACACUGUUUAUUGAUAAUGUGUGUAAGUAGAUAGAGAACUACUUAAAAUAUAAACAAAUUUCUCGUAGUAAGUUUGGUAAACCAAAGAGGAUCGAUGUUAGAAAAUGUUUGUAAUUAACUACUGACGUUAGGAAUAAAUGUGAACGUUUCAUGAACCGAAGUUAGGUAUUAUUAUAGACUGACAUAAAUAUUCAAUCAUUAACGAUGAAAUUAUAUACAUAUUUCCUUUUUUCUUUUUCUUCAUUUUCUUCUUCUUUUUUAUUUUCUUUUUCUGUUUCUUCUUCUUCUUCAUCAUCAUCAUCAUCAUCAUCAUCAUUUUUUUCUUUUUUUCUUCUAUUCUUCUGUUUCUUUUUUUCUUCUAGUUUUUCUCUUUUUAAAUUGAAAUUUUAAGCUUAUAAUACGGCAAGAAUUACUUUCUUUUAAAUGACGUGGGUAAUGUUUGGCUUAUAAUUAGUAUUUUUUUCAUUAUUUUACAAACAUUUUUUUUUAUAACAUUUAUAUUUGACAAUUUAAUUUGUUACGACGUAACUAAAAUGGGUGGAAAUUGAUUGAAUAAUGUAAUGUCCAUUUUAUAAUUUUUCAGAAUACGCUUACAUGGAUAUUUCUCUAUUACGCUAAUAUCAAUUGUUAAUAUAAGAAUAUUUGCAUAUUAAAAUUAUUAGAGAAAGCUUAUAAAAGUUAACUUUAAUAAACUUUACAGCUUAAGACGUACAUUAUUAUAUCGUAUAAUUAUCUGAAGGAAAAGAUAAAAAAAGGAAAAUGAAAUAUUGUGAGUGUUUUAUGCAAUUGCAUUAAUUAUCAAGUAUUAUUUUAUUCCAACGAAAGUAGUUAACAUGGAUCUAAAGUCUUCUUCUUUUUAUAGAAAAAUUAAAAAUGAAAGUGCAUUUUCGUUGAUUCAUUUUUUUUUAUUUAUAGCAAUUAAAUCUGAAAAUUUAUAUUUAAUUUUACAAUUCAAAUUUAAACACGUUUGAAAAUAAAAUUUGAAUAUUUUUAAACAAUUAAAUAUAAUACAACUUAUAAAUUUUGUACAUCUUAGUGCUUAAAAUAAGCUGCCUCUACAAUUCAUCGAAAUUUGUUGACGUUAAGCUUUUAUCCAGAUGUAUCUCAGGUUCCAUGAUGGAAUCAUUGAUUUGUAACAAAAAUAUUGUAAAUAGUAAUAAUAAUAAGAAUAGAAAUAGAAAUACUGAAAAUAGUAAUGGUGGUAGUGGUUAGUAGUAGUAAGAAUAGUAAUAGCUAAAGCAGUAAUAGUGGUAGUAGUUGUAAUAGCAGUAAUGGUAGUAGUAGUAAUAGUAAUAAUAAUAGUAGUAAUAAAGUGAAAAUAAUAAUAAUAGUGAUAUCAAUACUGAAUAAUAAUAGCAACAACAAUAGUUAAUGAUAAUGAUUUCAUUUAUGAUUAGAUAUUAUUAAUAAUGAUAAAAAAUAUAUAUAUAUAUACAUACAUACAUACAUAUAUAUAUAUAUAUAUAUAUAUAUAUAUAUAUAUACAUACAUACAUAUAUAUAUAUGUGUAUAUAUAUAUAUAUAUAUAUAUAUAUAUAUACAUACAUAUAUAUAUAUGUAUAUAUAAUAAUGAAAAUGAUAAUAAUAAUACCAUCAUCAACAAUUAUAUUAACAGUAUUAAACAAAGUAGUUGCAAUGUGAAUCAGAAGAAGUUGUGAAUGAAAGAUAAUGAUAAUCAUUAUAGUUCAAUAAUAUAAUAGUGGUUUUAAUAAUGAUAAUAAUGGUGGUAGUAUUGUUUAAUGUGAUAAUAGAAUAAUGAUAAUGUUACCACUAUUAUUAUUGUUUUCACCAUUAUAAUUUAAAUAUUUAUAAUCGUUAUUAUUAUCAUAUUGAUAUAAUCAUUACAAUGAUCGUUGCUGCUAUUGCCACCAUCACUCUUUCAAAUCUUUUAUUCUUGUUUCAUAUCAUUAAUUAUUACUAUUACUUUCUGCUACUAUUAAUGCCAGUUAUCGAUAUUCUUGCUAUUCCAGCUUUUAUUAUAUAUUUAUUAUUAUCUACUGCUCCUCCCUAUAGCAGUAAAAUUCUUUAUUCCCACUACUUUUAGUAUCGUUAGAAUGAUUCGCAGUAAUAACGCGUCAUUACCAUUAUUGUUACUAUUAUUAUAUCAUGACUAUUGUUAAUGCUAUAACUACUAUUAUUAAUAAUUAAAAAUAAUAGUCUAACUAUUGGUGCUGUUAAUUUCUGCUAUUGUUAUUAUCAACAUUGCCAUCAUUGUCAUCAUUUUUGUUACAGCUCUAUCAACAUUAUCAUUACUUAUACUUGAUACAUUAUAUAUUAUGCACAGAUAACGAAGGCGAUAUAGUAAUCAUACUAAUGGUGGUGGUACGAUAAAUAGUAAUAGUAGGAAAAGUCUGCCACAGUUGUCAGAAUACUGUGAAUGGAAUAGAAUUAAUUAAUCACGGAUAAAAUAAUAAGUUAAUAAUAAUAAUGCUAAUAAUAUAAUAAUAAUAAUAAUAAUAAUAAUAACGCUAAUAAUAGUGCUAAUAAUAAUAAUAAUAGUAAUAAUAAUUUUAAAUAAUAAUAAUAAUAAUAAUGCUAAAUAAUAAUAAUAAUAAUAAUAAUAAUAAUAAUAGUAAUAGUAAUAGUAAUAUGCUAAAUAAUAAUAAUAAUAAUAAUAAUAAUAAUAAUAAUAAUAAUAAUAAUAAUAAUAAUGCUAAAUAAUAAUACUAAUACUAAUAACAAUAAUAAUAAUAAUGAUGAUGAUGCUAAAUAAUAAUACUAGUACUACUACUACUACUACUAAUAAUAAUAAUAAUAAUAGUAAUAGUAAUAAUGCUGAAUAAUAAUAAUAAUAGUAAUAGUAAUAGUAAUAAUGCUGAAUAAUAAUAAUAAUAAUAAUAAUAAUAAUAAUAAUAAUAAUAAUAAUAAUAAUAAUAAUAAUGCAAAUGGUGUAAUAUAAAUGAACAUAAUUGUUGCUGAUUAUAAUAUAUUCAGUAAUCAAUAAUCCGUAAAAACAAUAAUAAUAGAGUGAUGAUUAAGAAGAUGAUAAUAACGACGAUAGUAAUUGAAUAUUAGAAUAUUAAAAUAUAUUAUACUUGCAAUUUAUAUUAGUUGUAGUGAUAUUAAAAGCAGCAGCGAUGAUACUUGUAAUUAUAAUAAUUGAAUUGUCAUGGUGGCAGCAGUAGUAAUUAAUAAUAUAAUGUUUUUAGAGAAACAGCAGUCAUAUAAGAAUUGCUAGUGAUAAAACAUUAAUGGUAAUGAAUAGAUAAUUAUAUCGAAUAAUAUACGAAUAGAGGUCUGAGGGCGUUUCAAUAUAACAAGUGUACCUUUUUUGCGUAAAUGGAACAUAAAUUUAGAUUAUAAAACGAAAAUUGAAUUUAUGCGAACUGGUACUUCCAACGAUAUUGGAUUUUUUUGAUUUUGAGAUAAAGUAUAAGAAACAAUUCAUUGUUUUGAGGAUAGGCGGCAGCACAUUUCAUGAUCGAUAUAUGCUUACAAACCAUACGACAAAUUAAAUUAAACGAAAUAUAAUAUCAUUGCACGUGUGGAAUUUCUGUGCGCGACACUGGGGGGUUAAUUAUAAUAUUCAUAUACAUAUACGUACAUAUAGAUACAUCUAUAGUUUUAUAUUAACAUAAACAUUGCAACAUUUUCUUAAGCGAUUGAUUUCCAACAAUUUUCUUUAACAAGUUUAUAUACAAAUUUAUAAUUUAUUUGAAUUUUAUCAUAGAAUAAUUCUACCUUAUAUGUUGUUUAUAGCAUGUUUUACGAGCAAACCAUUAUUCGAUUUUCCGAAAAUAUCUUCAUCUACUCGAAUCAGUAUUAUUAAUUCAUCAUUUCUAUAAAUAGUAUAUCCGUUCCGUAAAUUCAAGAAUUUAUCGCUAUAAUAAUAUUUUUUCUUUUUUAUAUCCAGUAUAUUUUCACAAAUGCUUUAACAAUUUAAUGGAAACGGAAUCACAAGUAUUGCUUAGAUUUCGUUUGUGGCUUAUAAAUAUUCUAAUUCUAAAUAUUAUAAAUAUUCUGCUUUGUAUUUUAUACCUACUACUAUAAAUAUAUGAUAAAUAUCUACAUUUCAUUCAAUAAUAUAUGAACUUCUGUCGAAUUAAGAAUUUUGUUAUACUUGUAAACUUCAAACUAUGAAAAAAAUGAGUUUUGCUAUAUUAAAAAAAAAAAGAAAAAAUUAAAAAAAAAAAGAAAGAAAAGAGUAAAAAUUAAUUUCUGAUACAUAUCACCGAAAAAUUUAUGAAUAGGUGAAUGAAAAUAAUAAAUAAAUUUAAUAUAAUAGCCAUUUAUCUCACCAGUGUCGUGAAUUAUUAUUUUAAAAAAGGCAUAUUUCAAAAUAUAAAAUUAGCAUGAUAUAUAUUUAAGACCAAUCGAGCAGUUAUACAAUAUCAUAAUCUCUUGUGCGCAUGCGCUAAAACUACGUAUAUUCUUUUAUCCCUUAUUAUUCUCUUAUUUUAUUAUAUUUUUUUGUACAUUUAAUCGUUUUAAAUUGUUGUUUUCCUUUGUUUCUCUCUAUUAUUUUCUUACUACUUACAUUAUCUCGCUUUAUUUUAUUCAUUAUACAAACGCGUAUGUACUUUAUUGCACUUAUUGUCUGUGUUCUUUUGAAACCAUAUUAGGUAACAAUUUCGUUAAUACUUAUUCUUCUUAUAAAAUAAAAUAACAAAAUAUUGAUAGAUAAAUAGCAUUCGAUUUAAUAUUAAAAAUUACUUUAAAUUAAAUUUAAAAAAAAAAUUAUCAUAAUUUUUAUACAAAUUUAUUUGUUUAUUUUUAUGUAAAAUUAAUUAUUCAAGGAUAAAAAUGACAAAUUUUUCUCGUACAGUUUUAAAACAAAUAAAUAAUUAUGAUAUACAAAUGAAUUCGAUCAAUGCCAAUUAUAAUUGUUUCCAAACUAAAUAAUUGAAAUUAAAUAUUUCUAAAUUAUUUUCAACACUCUCAAAAGGAUUAUAUUAGAACUAUGAUAUUAUCUUUUUAUAUAUUUAAAAACUUCACAUUUUUGGCUGUGUCUGCGAAGCACGCGAUAUCGCACGCUGAGACUAAAAAAUUAGGCAUUUAUAUUUAUUCUGAGAGAAAUCUGAAAAAAGAAAUCUAAAAAAAAAUAAAUAAUAAAAAUAAAAAAAAUAAAAAGAAAAGAAGGGGAAAAAGAAAAAGAAAAAAACUAAAGUUUAGUUUAGAGUAAAAAGUAAAGUUUAGAGAAAAAGAAGGAUAGAAACAAAGUUUUGAAGGAAUACAGCCAAUAAUAAAUUAUGCAUAUUUUGUACGCAUAUGCACCUGGUUUACGAUAAUAUGAAUUGUAAUACGCUUACGCGCAUGCGUGUCAUAUCGCGAUUUUAUUUUGUGCAUUCGAUGUAUCGAUACGUAUGCGUGCUACACUAUAUAUGUACUACACAUAUGUGACAGGGAUCUAGUGUAUUUACGUCCGUAUGCGAUAUAUUGAUUAAUCAAUGCGGUUGCGUUUAUUUGAGGUUAUUCGGUUACGAUUAUGAUUACGGUUACGGUUGCGAUUGCAGUUUUACGUAUUUCGAGUGCAUGCGUACACACGCGCCAGUAGGAAAACGUACACAUAUGCGCAUAUUCUCUUUCGGGAUGAAUCGUUUUCCCUCUUCUAUAAUACAUAUGCGUGUGCAUUUGGGGCAUGUGCCAUUGUUAAUUUGAUAAUGAGAUGAAAAAAGAAAUUAAUAAUGUAACGAAGUAAAAAAUUCUAACAAAUAUACAAAUGGAAUUAUUUUAGUCAAGGCUCUUGAGAUAUAACUUGAAACAUAACAAACGAAUGUGUCUUUAUGAAAAGGAAAGUAACGAAUACUUUAAUUUAUUUUUUAGAAAAAUAUGAUCACAUUUAACGGUUAAUUUUUAUGUUUCCUUCAAUUUUAACGUUUUAACAAUGUAUUAUAUACAAAUAUUAUUCUUAUUAAUUGUAAAUUUGAUUUUUCAACUCAAUAAAUUUAACGAUGCAAAGUUUUAGAAAUAUUUUAUAUAGUUAUAUAAAGUACGAAAAUGACUAAUGGCAAAGAAUCGAUGAUGCCGGUGAAAUUAAAAUAAACAGUAUACAUGAAUAGUUUUAUGUCUGAUAUUUUGUUAUAAUAUAUAAAUAAUAUUAGAUAUAUAAUAUGCAAUAUUAACAGAGUUAAAUGAUAUUAUUAAACGCCGUUAUAAAACUUUCCUUUUAAUUAAUUUUUUAAACGAUUGAAUUUUUGCAUAUCUAUGCUCAUCUAUGUGGCAAUUAUAUUAGUAAUAUAUAUAUAUAUAUAUGUGUAUGUAUAUAUAUAUAAAAUACUUAUAGUCUGAUUUAUUUUGUGAUACAGUAUUAUUUAAAAGUCGCGAUGCGUGUGUUCAAAUUUUAAUUACUUUUUUUUUUCAUCUUUUUAUUUUUCUUUCUUUCUUUUUCUUUUUUUUUCUUCUUUUUAUUCUUCUUGUCUUUGUUCUUCCUUUUUCUUCUUUAUCAUUUUUUUCUUUCGCAAAAGCUUUACAGUUCCUUGUAUUUCUUCAAGAAAUAUAAACGAAAUGUGCUUGCAAAACUGAUUCUAUGUUUGAAAAAUUAAAUCGACUGUUAUUUUUACCUCGAAUAUUAAACUUAAGGAAAAUAUUAAUAUUUUUCGGCAAACAAUUUUGUUUUACGCUCAUGCACCUCGCUCAAAACUCUUAAAGUAACUCUUUCUCGUUUUAUCGAAAAUAUAAGAAAAUUAAUUACAAUUUCCCAAAGAUUUUAUUCAUUGUCUUUUUUGUCAUUGUUUAAUUAUACAUAUUUAAUAAAUUUGAAACAAGUUCGUAUUUUGAUUCUUAGAAAUUCUUAUAUAUUUUAUUUAAAAAUGAGAGAGAGAGAAAAAAGAAACGUUUUACAAAAUACAAAAUAAAAUAAAAAUAGAUAAAAAUAUUUUUACUAUCUCAAAAUGAAUCAAAUUAGAAAAAUUGAAAUAAUAAACUUUAUAGCAUUCCGUUGUAACAUAUAUUUCGAAAAUUUUAAGAGAAAAUUGAAUAUUAAAAUGAUUAAAAAAAUUUGAAAUUCGUUCGAAUAUAAAAGAUGUGUUUUACUUAUCUUAUUUAAAUAUUUACCAGAUAUUAUGCAAAAUUAGACAAAUAAAAUUUAUUCUAAAUAUAAAUAAAUUUGGAGAAAAGAAGAAAAAAAAUUCGAACGAUUUUUCAAAAUAUAAAGCGAUUCUGAGAACAUAAAAAAAAAUAUUAAUAGAAAAGUUUCGCACAACUUUUGAAUGAAUGAACAAUGAACUUUUGAAGCUAAGUCAAGCAUGAUUGUUAUAUGUAAAAAUGAUUUAGAAAGAUUGAAAACAAACUUAUUUUUCGAAUAUGUAUUUCCAAAUCAAAGCGUAAUGUAUUAUGAAAUUCGUCAAAUCUUCAAAUUUUCAAAGAUUUUCAAAGUUUUGUACAAAAAAAACUCAAAAAGUCAAUGCAUAAUAAUAGUCGAUAUUGUUAUUCGGCGAUUAACACAUAUCCAAGAAUUACAAAUAAGAUGAUUUCGAAUCAUUUUCCGUAAAUAUUAUUUAGUUAAUCGUGACCAAUUAAAUUUUGAACAUGCGGAAAUUGAAAUGUUUGUAUAUAUGAAACAAUCAGGGCCAAAUAAUUCAGAUUAAUGUACAAUCUAUAAAUGAUAUUUUCACUUAUUAUCAAAUAAGCAUGUCAAAUUUUAAUAAAGCUUUUACGCACAUUUAUUAUCUAAUUAUCAAAUUAAUUUAAAUACGUAUUUCUGAGACGCGAUUUCUUUUUAAAUAAUUAUGAAUGUAUAAGUGUAUAUACAUUGAACGCAUGACACACACACACACACACACACACACAAAAUAUAUAUAUAUAUAUAUAUAUGAAAUUAAAAAUGAAAUGACUUCUAUUAUAAAAAGAAAAAAAAGAAGUAAAAAAGAUAUGAAUCAUUGCUUUCGCAAAAUAAUAUCAUUCAUAUAAUAGAAUGCCAUGCAUUAAUUUUGUAAUUAACAAUCAAGGAAGAUUCUAAAAAUAUUAGUGAAAGUUAGUGUUAUGUUAUAUGUUAGAUUUAAAAAGUACCCCUUGUGCACACGCUUCAGAGAAUAACAUCCCGAAAGGUUAAAUAUAAUAAUAAUAUAUAACAAUAAUAAAACAAAAAAUAAAUCUAGAAUUGAAUGAAAGAAAAGUUGAAUUCGUCAUUUUUAAUACAUGAACAACAUGUUUUUAGAGAAAAGGAUAAUGAUACUAAAUAUGCUAAGAUAUAUGCAGGCAUGCAUGAGCGCAUUCACAUAUAUAUACCCCUCCUUCCCCCACACACAAAUGCACACGCGCACACGUGUGAGGGAAAUAUUAUGUUGUGUAUACACAUACUUAUUUGUGUUGCACAGUCGUAGUUAUAUAUCACAAGCGUUCAUAUAAACAUACGCAUAGACAUACGAUUAUAUGUUACUAUAAUAAAAAUAAUAAUAAUAAUAAUAUAAAUAUAAAUAUAUAUUAUAAGAAAGCAUUUUGAAGAGAGUACUAAUUAAUAAGAUAAUUAAUUAUUGUAAACAAUGACUACUGAUUAAUGCAACAAAGUGGACUAAUUCGCGAGUAACCUUUAUUCCUAACAAGAAUUAAAAAAAUUAAUUAAUUUUAGACAAAAUAAUAAUAACUAACAAUAACAAAUAUUAAUAAUAAUAAUAAUAAUAAUAAUAAAAAUAUUAGGUAUUAACAAUAAUAAUGAUCGUAAUGUUCCUUAAGAUGCGAUAUAAUGCUAAUAACAAUUAAGUAGAGAAACAGUACGAAAUAAUAGAUAUAAAAAUGGUAGUUAUUACAAUUUUACGAUUUUCAUUGUCUAACGGUAUUGAAAGAUAUAUUCACAAGUAGCGUAGUAUUCUAACUGAUGGUGAAAUUUAAGCGUAAGAUUCCAAGAUCGAGAAAUAUUGAUCAUAUGCGUAAAAGGGGAAAGAAGGGUGAGGUUUAAUAACCAAUUAUAAUAAAAAUGACGAUGACGGUUAUGACAAUGACGUUUCAACAUAGUUCUGAGCAGUUUUACGUUUAUUUUCUAUUUAAAUCUUUUCAAUAAUUUUUCAUCGAUGAAUUUUCUCUGGUAUCUUUUUUCCCUAUAUUUUUAGCAUAACAUUUUAAGCGAAAGUAUUGAUAAAUAACAUUACCAUUUAAAUAUAUACAUUUAUACAAGCACAAGUUUUUCUUCUAAAAUAUUAUAUGUUUUCUCGUUUUUUAAUUUUAUCCGCUUUCUAUGAAAAAUAUCGCAAGUAUUUCACGGUUUAAAAAAUUUCUCGAAUCAUUUAUUUGUUUUAUUCUUAUUUACAGAUACAAUUAAACGAGAUUUCAUUUAAGAAUUUUUAUUCAAUCGAUUUCGCUGUUAUUCGUUUUUAUACUUGCCCUUUUUGUCGAAUAGAGUUAUUGUUUCUUAAGUUAUAAACUUGAUCGGAAUAUUUUUUUUUUAUUUUUGAUUGAUAUAUUAUAAUUAUAUUUUGGGCAUAUAUUUUAAAAAGAAAGUCAUGUUAUACAUAUCAGAAUUUACAUCGAAAAUUAAUUUUCUUAUUCAAUUUUAAUCAAAUAUACAAAUGAAUAUAAAAAUAAUUUGGUAUAGAUUGUGAUGUCGUUGAAAUUUCAAUAUCAACUAUAUUUAGUUUCCACGAAACUAAAGAAAUUGUAUCCUUAUAUUUCUUGUCACAGAGAAAAAAGGCCAGAAAGAAUUCAAAGUAUGGAAAAUGUAAAAUAAUUGAAUAUCUCGUGUUAUUAAUACACACAUUACAUUCGUAUACAUAUUUAUACAUUACAGGUGCGCGCGCGCACACGCACACACACGCGCGCACGCGCGCGCGCGCGCACACACACACACACACACACACACACACACACGCACACACACA